AUACAAGUUCCCCUCUGACCUACAACCGGCUUUUUUGACAGUUAACAAUGAAAAUAAUGAGAUAACUUUGGUACAGUAAAGAUAAGGUUGUUUUGUAUAGAAAAAGUGUGCUAUCUCUAUUGAGUUUCAAAUGACCCUUUAUUUACAACGAACCGGUUUCAAUAUUUCUUUUGCAAUACAGAGAUAACCUGUUGAGACACUCUUCACAUUCAGAAUAUUGAGUUCAGUGCACAAGGUAUAAUCAUGGCAACUAAAACUUUGCUUUAUUCUUACUGGAGAAGCUCUUGUUCUUGGAGGGUGAGAAUAGCUUUGAAUUUGAAAGAAAUACCUCAUGAUAUAAAACCAGUGUCACUUAUUAAGAACGGAGGAGAGCAUCAUUCCAAUGAAUAUCGAGAAAUCAAUCCCAUGGAACAUGUACCAGCACUUCAUAUAGAUGGAAUAACUCUGAUCGAGUCUCUGAGUAUAUUUCAGUAUUUAGAAGAAACCAGACCUCAUAUACCAUUAUUACCUCAUGAUGUCGUGAAACGUGCACGAGUUAGAGAGAUUUGCGACGUUAUUUCUUCUGGUAUACAGCCACUGCAAAAUCUUCAGGUUCUCAUUUUUGUAGGAGAAGAAAAAAAGAAUGAGUGGGCUCAACAUUGGAUAAAUAAAGGUUUUCGAGCAGUGGAAAAACUGCUCUCAUCAAGUGCUGGAAAGUAUUGCGUUGGAGAUGAAAUUACAUUUGCUGAUUGCUGUCUUAUUCCGCAAGUGUUCAAUGCCAGAAGAUUUCAUGUUGAUUUAAGACCUUUUCCUACAAUAUUGAGAGUUGAUAGAGAGCUUGAGAACCAUCCCUGUUUUAGAGCAGCUCAUCCAAGUAAUCAGCCAGAUUGUCCUCAGGAACUUCCCAAAUAAAGAAAAUACUUAAUAAGAGGUAUGUUCUUGAAUUUCAAAUUUUUCCAAAGAUAGUUUUGUAAUUGAAAUAUUUUUCAAUACUACGGAUUUGUUUAAUGAAUAGUUGGUUUGGAUGUUGAACUCUUAAUAUUUGUUGUGUGGAUAGUUAGAACACUCCAAAAUAUGUUGUUUGUUCAGUGGACUGAAUUUGAAGAAAUAGUUUCGAUAUAGCCUUAAAAAAGUUUGUAAAAAUAUCUCUUUCAGCCCCCUGUAUAUUCAAUAUGGAUGUAGUUAUGAUAAUUUUUUACUGAACAAAUCCAACUUAUUUUGCUUUAUUCUAUUUAUCCUAGCAACAGGACACCCUGUAUACAGAUUUGGUUUGUAAACGGUCCAAAUUUUUCAUCCUUAUGGUACUAGCAACAAUUUUUUUUAUCACAAUUCUUUAGAGUUCCCUUAAAAAUAUGUUUGUUUUUCUCAUAUAUUUUAAAAUUUUUUGUAUUGGAAUAAUUUGAAUUUUGAAGAUGUAAUUUAUUUAUUUCAUUAUCCAUGCAUGUGGAACUUCCACAUCGAAACUUCCUCUGGUAAUUUUGCUCAAAAAACAACUUCCAAUGUACACUGUAGAUAUAAAAAUACUUAUUUUUUAUAUAUUUAUAUUUCAAUAUUUUUAGCUUUUGCUUGAAUUUAUUUGUUGCUUUUUGCCAAAUUUUAUUUCAUUAGUUAUUUUAUGAUUUUUUUUUAUAUGUAUAUUGACCAGUUUGGAGAGCUCAAGAAAGCACUACCAUAAUAUGUUACCUCUGAAAAUUUAGGAAUAUAAUAUCCAAAAACUUGGAUAACUUUUGGGGAGUUCAGAGACAAAGGUCAAAAUAGAUUUUUGUAUUGAAUUGUUUGCUUAGCUUUUUUUUAUCAUUUGAGAUUCUUCAAUGGCACAGCUUGAAUUAUUAUAUUUUAACAAUUGCAAUAUUCUUUCCCAAAAUUUUAUAUAUGAAAACCUUGUGCACCUUAGCUAGGGUUUUUUUGAAAUUUUGUUUCAUUGGUGACAUUUCAUUAGUUGAAAUCUAUAUUUAUAUAUUAUAGAAAAAAAUAUUUAUUCUUGCUUGAAAAUCAUUUGUAAGACGAAAUUAUUUAAUAAUUAUUCAGUUUUACAUUUCUUACUUUAUUGCAAUUCGGCUAACAACAAGAAUCUAACAAAUCAUUAUUUUGGAACUCUUCUUCACUUAUUUUAUAAGUUUUUUUCACUAGAUUGACGUCAGUCAAUUCACUGAUUCUAUUAACAUUUACUUCUUCACCGUUUAUAAAAUCAAUAGUUUCUGCAGCUUCAUUAAUUUUGUUUAUAAAUACUAUGAGUAAGUCCUUGUCACUGUCACUCGCUCCGAUGCUGUGAUUAUUUUAAUUUUUUCAAUUUAGCUGUAUUGGAUCCAUAGAUUAUGACUGGGAUAAUAGUAAAUCAAUUUAUAUUCAAUCAAUAUUAAUUUCAUUGUGAUCUAUCAGUUUGGCUACAACAAGAUCUUUGAAAUGUUUUCCUUGCUUUUGCUUUAUAAUGUGUGCUUUAUAAAAUUUUGCUUCAUCUUCUUUUAAUGUUAGAGGCAUAUUAUGUAUUUUAUAUAUUUACAAAAAAAAAUAUAUAUAUAAUGUUAAGAGACGCUUGUUUCAAUAAACGCAUUUCAAAUAA